AUGGCUACCACCACCAUUGACAUUGUUCACCUCAAUGCUCCGUCUAAUUUUCCUAUCAAACUCACCCCCCUCAACUUUCCUGUCUGGAGACGCCAAGUUCAGUCCACCUUGGUUGGCUUUAAUCUCCUGGGAUACAUCGAUGGUUCUAUCAAAGAACCAGCAAAAUUCAAUGAUACUGCACAAACAACUCCGAAUCCAGCACAUUUGACUUGGUAUCGCCAAGAUCAGAUAAUUACCAGUGCUUUACUUGGGAGUUGUUCAGACACCAUACAACCUCUUAUAGCUUCCGCACCCACUGCGUGUGAUGCCUGGCAACGGCUCGUUGCUAACUAUGCUAGCGCCUCCCGAGGACGGAUCAUUUCCCUCAAGGCCAAGCUUACCAGAAAUCCGAAGGGGGACGAGUACAGCUCCAUCGUGUCUGCCGUUCGUGUCCGUGACAAACCCAUUUCUUUGGGAGAAUUAGCCGAUGUGCUCACAGAUCAUGAGCGUCAGUUGGCUAAAGUUGAUGAUGCUCGCCAAUCUCUUUUGGCUACUGCCAAUGCCUCCCAGCGUGGUCCUUCGGCUUCUCACAAUAGUCAGCACUCCACUGCCGAUCGGAGGUCUCGCAACAACACCAACAACACGUAUGGCAAUAAUAGACCGAAUUGGUCGCACAACAGCAACACUCGACCUGGUGUUGUGUGUCAAUUCUGUCACCUUGUUGGCCAUGAAACUCGUGUUUGCCGUAAGUUAGCCCGGUUCUUAAAGGCCCAUAAUGUGUUUCCACUAGUACAGAAACAGUCAUUCGCGUCCAAAGUUAAGGCUAAUUCGCGUCCAAAGUAG